AUGUACUCUGCCAAAGUGAUAUCAUUGCAAUUGAAGGAAGUGGAGAGGAAAAACAGUCCAUGUUUCAGUACAGGACCUGUGGGUGAGGACUUGUAUCACUGGGAAGCUAUUAUAACGGGCCUAAAGGUGAUGUUCAAAACAAAAGUCUAUCACCCAAACUUUACAACUUAUGGGAACAUUUUUCUGAAGAUGUUGAACCCAACUCACUUCAAGACCAACAACAGCAUCAAUGAUGUACUGACGGAAAUACACCAAAUGUUAACUGCCCCACAAAUAGGGGAUGGACACUUUUUUGUUGAAGAAAUUGCUAGGAUUUACGUGGAAGACAGGGCUGCUUUUGAAACCACUGCACUUGCGUGGACGGUGGAGCACGCCGGAGGAGCAUAA